UUAUUUACGCGGGAAAGCCUAGCUUAAUUCAGAAAGAGAAGGAAAAGAAGGCAGUGUGUAAUGCAAAAACUUUUUUAUUCUCGCCUCCAGGUAAAAAAAUAACAUGAAUUUUCGUGGAAAGAAGAAAGCAAGUGUAGGUGAAUAUACGAAUGGCUCCGUUGGAAACGAAUCAGGGAAAUUGGAAUAUGAUUUCAUGUUCUACAAGGAUCCUCCUGUUGCCGAAAUAUCUCUAGAAGAGUUUGAGAAGUUUGCUGUAGAGAGGUUAAAAUUAUUGCGAGAAGUUGAAAAUAUCAGCAUACGUUUCAAGAGGAAUAGUGAUGAGCAUACAUCUAAAAUGAGAAAUAUUCUAAAAGAUUUUUUACCUGAGUUUAAAGACUCUGGCAAUAAUACAGUAGCAUUAGACAGGCGCCGAAACGAUUUAAGCCGCAAAGAACAUACUACUUCUAAUAAAAGAAAAGAUCAUGUGUCACAUUUUAUCUUAAGACUUGCUUUUGCGAGAAGUGAAGAUUUGCGACGUUGGUUCCUUACACAGGAAAUGGAGCUCUUCAGAUAUCGCUUUCAGCAGGGGGAAUUAGCUCAAAGAAAACAGUUUUUAAAAGAUACUGCUCUAGAGUUUAAUGAGGUUGAUAAAAAGUCUGUCGAAUUAGUUGAAAAGUUAAGAGAUUCAAAAUUUAAUUAUGUGGGAAAUGAAACCAUUAUCAAUGAUGUUUAUUACAAGGUUCCAUUUACAGAUGUUCUUGAUUUAGUGCGAAUGAGAAAAGUUUAUAUUGAAAAGGGUUUUGCAUACGUGCCACACGAAGAACUGGUUUCUAUUAUUAUAGGUAUUUACAGAACGCACCUGUCACAAGCACUUGCAGUCACUGCUCGAAAGCUUCCCUAUCUAGAAGAAGAUACACGCUUAUUACCCAUGCUAAAGAAUUUAAGUUCAGCAUAUAUUGGUGACAGUUAUACGUCUAAAAAAGCAUCUGUUGAUGGUAAACUAAAUUUGAACGAAGUUGAUGAGGCUGCAAAAGUUUCCUUUCCAAUUUGUAUGCGUCAUCUUAAUGAAGGGCUACGAAAUGAUCAUCAUUUAAAACAUUUUGGGAGGUUACAAUAUGGUUUGUUUUUGAAGGCUGCAGGAUUGUCACUGGAGGAAGCGCUUUUGUUUUGGCGCACUGAAUUCACAAAAAAGAUGGAAGUCGACAAAUUCGAGAAACAGUAUUCGUAUAACGUACGGCAUAGUUACGGCAAAGAAGGCAAACGAGCUGACUAUACACCGUAUAGUUGUAUGAAAAUUAUCACAACUAAUCAGCCUGGACAUGGUGAUUAUCAUGGAUGUCCUUUCAAACACAGUGAUGCUGAUGUGUUACAGAAACGAUUACAAAGCUACAAAAUUCCUAAAAACACCAUUAAUGAGAUUAUAGACUUGGUUAAGAGGCAACAUUUUCAAGUUGCAUGUGCAAGGUAUUUUGAAGUUACUCAUAAGCUUCCGGAGGGCACGACCAGUAUAAAUCACCCUAACGAAUAUUUUCUCGAAAGCAGGCGUGUCUUGAAGCAUGGUGCUAAAGGAAGCACGUACAUGCAGAUAAAACAAGAAAUAAAACGUGAAAAUCCAACCACGCAAAAUUUAGAUAAAAGCGAAAUUGAAGGUAUAGACUUUAAUGGAAUGGAUGAAGAAAUGGAAGUAAUUUAAUAGCAGAAAUUGCUGCAAAAGUCUGGCUUUUAUUGAAUAAUGUAAUUACAUAUUUGUGGGAGAAUAUUUGUCAUUUUAACAUAAGCUACCAUUUGGAGAUUUUAGCCCUGAUUAAGAAAAUACACCUUGUGAGAAAUAUAACAUUUAUUAAAGAAGCAAAUAUGCCUCGAUAAUUUGUAAAAUUUAGUAAUUGUUAGAAAGAUGUAAAUAAAUGCCAGUUUGUGAAAUCGGUGUAUAAAAUAUAAAAUCAAAUAAAACAUACGUACUAACAA